GUGGACUUGAGUUUAAAGGCAGUGUGCAUUUGGAGGUCAGUUUCCUGUGCAGGUCAUGAUGGAUCGAGCAGCUCUCCAGCUGAUUCUCUUGGGCGUCUUUCUCAUCUCAGCCACUUCUGAUCCUGUUAAGAAGAAACAAAAUGUGGAUAUAUACAGCUUCUACAUUAACUCCACGGUCACCAGUCGCUACGCUACAACAGUCAUCACAAGCCGUGUUGCGAACAUACUGAAUGAAUCUCAAGAGAUCCAGUUUGAGGUCAAGAUUCCCAAGAAUGCCUUCAUCAGCAAAUUCAGAAUGACCAUAGAGGGAAAAACAUAUGAUGGGGUUGUGAAGGAAAAAGAAGAAGCUCAGCAGCAAUACAAUCAAGCAGUAUCUCGAGGACAAAGUGCUGGACUGGUCAAAUCUGUUGGAAGGACUUUAGAGGACUUUAAAACUUCAGUGACGGUGGCUGCUUUUAGUAAAGUGACCUUUGAGUUGACCUACGAGGAACUGCUAAAGCGCCGCCUCGGCAAAUAUGAGCUACUCAUCAAUGCCCAACCGAUGCAGCCGGUGGCUGACUUCAAGAUGGAUGUGCACAUCCAAGAGAAACCAGGAAUUUCCUUCUUGGAGGUGAAAGGAGAUUUGAGCACCGGGGAUCUGGCCAAUGCCAUCAAAACCACCAGAGCAGACAAAGACGCAUGGGUGACCUUCUACCCCACACAAGAUCAACAGACCAAGUGUAAAAGCUGUGGAGAAAAUGGGUUGAAUGGAGACCUGCUUGUAACAUACGAUGUUGAGAGACGAAAUCCCAAAGGAGAAGUCAUGGUAUCAAAUGGCUAUUUUGUCCACUACUUUGCACCCUCUGAUGUUCCACGUAUUCCCAAAAAUGUGGUGUUUAUCAUUGACCGGAGUGGCUCUAUGCACGGCAGAAAAAUAGACCAGACUCGUUUGGCACUGCUAAGGAUUUUGAGUGAUCUUGAUGAGGACGACCACUUUGGAUUGAUCACAUUUGACAGUGAAGUUAGCUUAUGGAAACGUGAACUCCUCAAAGCUACUGAGACAAACCUGGAGAAUGCGAGAUCUUUCGUGAAGGAGAUCAGCGAUAGAGGAGCCACUGACAUAAAUGCUGCAGUUCUAGCAGGAGUGGACAUGAUCAGUCGACAUCCACGAGAGGGAACAGCCUCCAUCCUGAUCCUGCUGACUGAUGGAGAUCCCACUACAGGUGAAACCAACAUAGAGAAGAUAAUGGCCAAUGUGAAAGAGGCCAUUGGGACAAAGUUUCCCCUCUAUUGUCUUGGCUUUGGAUAUGAUGUAAACUUCGACUUCCUGACAAAGAUGUCACUGGAAAAUGGUGGAGUUGCUCGCAGGAUUUAUGAAGAUUCGGACGCUGAUCUACAGCUGCAUGGCUUCUAUGAUGAAGUUGCGGUCCCUCUCCUCACUGAUAUUCAACUUAAAUACCCAGGAGGGACAAACCUUACCAAGACCAGCUUUAGCUUGUACUUCAAUGGCUCUGAGAUUGUGGUGUCAGGACAAAUCACAGACAACAGUGUGGAGAGUUUCACCACUGAAGUCAUCGCAGUAUCAAAAGGCAGUAAAGUGACGUAUCAGGACACUAUAAUGACAAAAGACCCCAGUGAUGUCCCUCCUGAGAAUGAAGAUUUCAUGCAGAGACUGUGGGCCUACCUUACAGUGAAGCAGCUUCUGGAGAGACAGGUGCUUCUUAAAGGACAAGAGAAAGAGGAUGAAAAGAAGGAAGCUCUUAAACUCUCCCUGAAAUACCAGUUUGUCACUCCCCUCACCUCUAUGGUUGUUACCAAGCCACAGGAGGGUGAAGUGGAAGUUGCCGACAAACCCAAAGAGGGAGAAGCGCCACCCAGACCUCCAGCAAUGCACCCGCGUCCUGUACCUAGCGGUCCUUUUGGAUGUGGACAAUAUCGCACUGAGCGUAUUCAGGCUAACCCUUUCUAUCCAGUAGCUGAGGAUUUCAAGUUUAGCGGCAUAUUGCUCGCUGAACAAAUGCCCAUCGUUACAGGGAGAGUAACUGUACUUUCUACAAUGUCAGCUCCACCAGCUCAUAGCAGUCGUUUCCUGCUGCCUGUUGUUGGUCAGUCUAAGCCGCUUUGUUUUGACGUUCCUGUUCCUUACAAACUCCGACUCCUACAGGAUUCAGCUUCAGAGUUCUCUAUGAAUGGAGAAUCCAUGACUGGACAAAAUGGAUGUCGUAAAAUUGCAUUUCAUUACAAAACAAACCAUCAUCUGACAAUAAGCACAAAAUCUAUCAGAUACCACGACGGCCAGAAUCAUGUUGAGUUUCUGUGGGACCAGGAACCGACCCAACACAAUACAGAGGACGUGUCUCUGAUUCUACGGAGUAAUGAAAUAGACAUCACCAUGGGAAAUAUCUGUGUCAUUAUUCUGCUUCACAAGGAAAACGGGGACGUGUUUCUGUGGCCUGCUGUUCAGCAACAGCCAAAAGAUGUCAAGUUGACAGGCAUUUUAGGAGAGGCUGAUAUUUCAUAUGAGGAGAUCCCAGGAUCACAAACCACAACUUUAAAGUUAAAGGACCAUGAAGUGAAGACAUCUUGGGUGAUGGUGAAGGACUACAGACUUGCUACUGCUCCUGUGGUUGGAUGUUGGCUUGUACCAUUCCAGGCUGUUGCGCAGCGAGAGCUCGCUGACUUCACUGUCACUCAGCUGUAGAGUUCAGCAAAAAUCAUUUUUAUUGUCCAUUAUCGUGCUGACUUUUUUAAUAAUAUAACAUAUUCUUUAAAUGGACAUUGUUUAUGAGCUAUAAAACGGUCAUCUAUUGGCAAAUAGUAGGGGCAUGACAAUGUUAUUUCCAGUGUACCACAUCUUUUGCAUGCAUUGAUAACCAUGUACAAUAAUUUCACAUCAAUAGUCAACCCAAAUAUUCAUUUAAAGUGAUUUCCAUCUGUGUAUAAUGUUCUGUUUUAGAGUGCAAGAUUUGCUCACCACUUGUUGCAGUAUAAAAUAGCAAUUAAAAUUUCACACCAAACAUUUUAUGUAUACAUAGUAACCCUUCGAUUGGUGCUUAUUCCUGGAAAAUAUGCUUUUUUGUGGUCCUGCCUGAUAAUAAAAGUAAAAGCUUAACACCAA